CCGGUAGUUCAGCAACCUCCAACGAUGUUUGACGAACGUGUAGCUGUGGCCAAGUAUGGCACAGCCGCCGAGCGAGACCCGAUGAUCAAGAGGGGCAAGUGCUCUUCUCCGGACAAAGACUUGUCCAAGGCGUCGUUCUUGUUUAUGGUACUGGGCUUUGGCUAUUUGUUCCCGUACCAUGCGCUGGCGCAGCCGGUGGACUACUGGCACCUCCUCUUUCCGACGUUUGACGUGGAUUUUGAAAUCUCAUGGGCGUACAACAUUGCCAGCGUCACCACUCUCUUCUUCAUCGCGUGGGUCGGUGGGAAACAAUGGUACACUGGCCGCAUCGUCGGCGGGUUUGUGACCCAAGUGCUGGUGCUAACGAUCCUUCCAGUGUCCUACUUGGUGCUCACGUCUGAGCGUGAGAACCUCGUCAUGGUCUUGGGCUGCACGGUCAUCGUGUCUGUCGCGACGUCGUUCUUGGACUCUUCCGUGUUUUCGAUGGCCAAUCUGUUUCCACCGGGGGCAGGCAUCGAGUCGGUCCAGCUAGGCAUGGGGUUCUCGAUGGUCGUCACAUCGUUCUAUCGCAUGACAACCAAAGCUUUCUUUCCAGCCAACGCCAUUGUCGAAGCCACAAUGUUGUACUUCCUCGUCGGCGCCGUCACCGUCGGCUGCGGCAUCGUCGCGUACUUUGCCCUGCUCCGUCUCCCGUUGACCCGAACGAGCCUGACACGAGCAACCCAGGACGUCGUGCGCUUGUCCCUUGUGCGUAAAAUCUGGCGUCAAGAACUGCUCGUUACCAUCACGUACGCCAGUUCGCUGGCCGCGUGGCCCGGUGUCGUGUCGGUCAUCCCCAGCUACCAGUUCCCAGCUCUCAACACGUCGGGGUGGUGGUCACUGUACUUGUUAGCGACGUACGCCGUGUGUGAGCUUGCGGGGCGCUACCUCGUUCGCUUUCGGGGUGGAGUAAACGCCAAGACGAUGUAUAGGCUCGUGCUUCCCCGCGUGUUGUUUGUGCCGCUGGCCAUGUGCUGUGCCAAGGGGGUGUUCUCCCAUGACGCCGUGUCCAUCGCGGUGACCGUCGGCGCCGGGGUGACGUCCGGGUAUGUGGGCACGCUGGCCAUUGUCGUCGUGAAUGAGAUCGUCGACUUGGAAGAGCAAAGUGCCACGGGCAUGCUUUCCAGCUUGUUCCUCAACGUUGGACUGAUCCUUGGGUCGUCGAUCGGGGUCGUGUUGGCCACUGUGUUUCACAUGUAGGGAUAAACGAGACGCCAAUCAAGUGUUUUGAGGGUCCUGUAUAUACUUGUGUAUAUGCCGUCGUUGGAAAUUGCGCCACUCAACCAAC